AUGGUCUGCCUCCUCGCAUUUCUUUUGUACACGGGGACAAAUUUGCAGCAAAAAGAUCGAUUUGUCAUCACUUCAUUGGAGUACGAAGAAACUUCUUACCACAGCUACGAAGUUAAUUACGAAACUCUAUUUCCAGUGCCUGCCAAAGACUCUGGAAUUUACAGGACUUUGGUUAAAUUUGACGGGCCAGGCACUUACUUAACGGUUUACUGCUCCAUUAAAUUGUCAAUAAAUGAUUUACAGGGGGCUGUUAGUAAAGGCUUGACCAGGACGCAGGCUCGCCUUGAUAGAGGAUUUAGCAACGACGAGAGGGUAGAAGAUGGAUGCCUCGACUAUGUGAAUAACCUUGAUCUUGAAAGAAGGGAGAUAGUAAAAAAAGUGGGGAUUCAAGAUACCAAAGGAAUAGAACCAGGCUCAUUUAUUGUCUCGCAGCUCAUCCUGUCGCAUCAAUGUACGAUGAGAAUCUUAAUCAGUCUAGCCUAUCAACAGAGAAUUUUAUGCGCUGGUAGCUACGGGUUCACGCCGACGUACCGUGACGCUCGUCUCCCAACAAUAGAAUUUGAUGAGCCGCUAAAAAUCGCGGCUACGGUACUAGACGGUCAAAUGAUCAUUAGACAAACCGUAUUGAUCAGGGAAGAGGCAUUGGGGUGGAGUUAG